UUUAAAUAUCAAAGAGAACUUACAGCGCGCAAACAGCCAUCAAUCUCAAGGUGAAAAUCUUCUGACGAAAAAAACCUCGUUCAACAGGUUAUACUCGGUGGAUGACUCAUCGUUUUUUGAGUUCAAGGUCGUGAAUAGUUUGGCAUAAACUUGACCCGAUCCACUCUGCUGCCAAAUAAAAUCACUGGGCUCAAGAUACAGCGGCGCCAUGUACAGAAGCGAAAAAAGGGUUUCUUUAUUUUAUAUAACAUGAGGAUGUAACGGACUAACGGUUCCCCCCGCCGCACAUGGAGAUUUCCUAGUCGCCCAGCAGCUGAUGGCGUAUGUACGCAACAUUUUUUUUUUUUUUUAGAAUUCUCACGUCGUUGUCAAAACAGGUUUCUUAUGUAUCAAACGCUUAUACGUACAUGCGAGGGGCUAUAACAUCGAUCCAACUAGUCGCAAAAUUGCCAUUUGGGUCGUAUAUGGUGAGGAUUGGGUCAUUAUUACGUCAGUUGUUGGACAAGUUUGAAAGUUUCGCCAUGAUUUUAAGGCGGCCAAUCGAGUUCUUCUACUGUUGGUUAUCUUUAAUUGCAAUCUUCCUGAGUGGCUGCAGUUCCAUUGAGAAAAAUCACCGCAGUCUCAAUCGAUUUUAUUCCGCACGAUCGGUGCUCAAAAGUUGGCGGAGGAAAGCUCAGGAGCAAUCCGCCAGAUUCUUUGAUCGACUACCAAAGAAUCCGGAAGUCUUCUACACACCCCCGGAAGUGAUCAGGAGCCGGGGCUACCCAGUCGAGGUUCACCACAUCACAACAGAUGAUGGGUACAUUUUGGAGAUUCACCGCAUUCCGGCCCAAUCAUCUGGCGGACCUAAGAAAGCGGUUUUCCUUCAGCACGGGGUCCUUGAGUCUUCCGGCACUUGGCUCGUCAAUCCUUCCAAGCGCUCCCUCCCAUUUUUACUUGCCGAUAAAUCGUACGACGUGUGGAUCGGUAAUUUCCGGGGCAACAGGUAUUCCAGGAGACACGUCACCCUCAAUCCCGAUGAAACCGAAUUUUGGAAAUUCAGUUGGGACGAAAUCGGAAAUUACGACCUGCCGGCCGUCAUCAAUUACAUCCUGAAAACAACUGGCCAAUCGAAAUUAUCAUACAUAGGACAUUCGCUGGGAUGCGGAACUUUCUUUAUCGCCAUGGUCAAACAUCCGGAGCUCAACUCUAAAAUUGACGUCAUGGUUGCCCUGGCACCACUGUCGUCCUUUGCUCAUUUCACCAACGCCAUCUAUCGCAUGUUAGCUCCGCUGGAUCGAAUCAUCCAGACUUACCUCCAGAUGGUAGGGACUUGGGGCUGGCUGGACAGUCAAGGUUUCGGCGAUCGUUUCUUCAAUUCCCUGUGCGGUAAGACUUACACCCUGGCCAACCGUUGCGCGGACAUAUUACGCGUAUUUUCUGGGCCGAAUCCCAGCAACAAUUUCGACCCUCCCGUAGUGCCAUUGAUGAUUGUCAAUGUUUUCCAAGGGACGUCGGUGCCCGUCAUAGCCCAAUUUGCUCAAAAUUUCCAUGCAGGGGUGACAUUUCAAGCUUACGAUUACGGGCCUCGAGAGAACAUUAUGCGCUACGGAUCGACCAGACCGAUGGAAUACAAUCUAGACCAAAUUACAGCUCCGAUUUACGUGUUUUCGGGAGGAAAUGACACCAUUGUCACACCAAUGGAUGUGGACUGGCUACUGACUCAACUUAAAAACAUGAAGGGAUCAGCCCGCAUUCCAGAAUACAAUCACCUCGAUUUCAUAUGGGGGACGGAUGUCAAGGAAAAAUUGUACGAUCAAGUCAUGGCCCUUUUACCACCGCCGUAAGUUCAUUGCUCAAGUGUUAUUUAAUUUACAAGUUCAAAUCAAAACUGCCUAGGAACAAUAAUUUAAUCCGCAAAUUGUUAAAUGUUAAUAAAUUCAAUUUUUGACCGAC